UUAUACUCAGGUAUGACACUUACGUUUUCAUAUCUUUUUAACACGUUAAUAUUUUAUUUAUAGCAGUUUGUAAGCUGUUAGUAGUAAAUUGUAGUUCUUUAAAGAUUUUUCUUUAAAGAGCUUCCGAAUUAACUUUAGCAAUUCGAGAUUUCGUACGAUUUGAUUAAGGAUUAGAUGAAUUAAAAAAUGAAAUUUAAAAAAUUUUUGUUUCAAGAAACUUGACUACACUGUACCAAACGCGGCGAACAUCGGUUACACAGGUAACUGUACGAAUAUAUAUAUAGAUGAUGAAACUUGACAUAUACGUCCUUUUCACAGGCGUAAUAAUAACAAGCAAACGGCUGUCGCGAUGAUAGAAGAGAGCUUGCGAUAUACCUCGUCCGUCAAGUUUACGCUCGAAAGUCUACAAAUACAUCAACUCAUGGAGAGAAGCUAAAUAAUUUCUGUUUUGCAAAAAGCACAGGAACGACCGGACAAAUUUGUCCGAUGUUUUACCGGCGCGAAAGUUUCGCGGAACGGGAACGUGACAAUUCGUCAACGUGAUUUAUAAAUUCGUCCUGGCGAACACGCUGCAGCAACCAGGAAACUCCGCCCGAAAUGAUUAUAAUGCGCGUUCGCUAAGCGUGUAGAUAAAAAAAACUCCGCAGCAUGUAGAAGUGGACAGAAAUCCAGCGUCUCGAUGUAUAAGACAUUAAAAUUCUUGUGGGAGAAAAAAAGUCGAAAUGAUAUGGCUCCUAGACUUCUUCGGUGCGACGCACAGCCGCGCUCAAGGCUAUGUCGCAACGACGUGGUAGCGUCAUCGAUAUCGCCGUCCAGCUCGGCGGUGGAAGAUACGAGUCAGAGAGCGGUAGCAGCAACAGCGGCGGCAGCAGCAGCGGUAAAUGCGACGUGGACGACGGCGACGACGACGAUGAUGACGACGACGACGACGACGACGAGGACCGGCUCUGCCGCUGUUACUGUUAUUUUUAACCCGACGCCGACGCGCCGAGUCCGUAGUCUAAAACCGCGUCUACCCUCCCGCGUCCUCCUUGUCUUCUCCAUCGUUCUUCCUCAUCAUGAUUUUCCUUCUCUUUCUCUUCGGCUUCUUCCUCUCUUCUCCUUCUCUUUCUCCUUCUCUUUCUUCUUCUUCUUCUUCUUCUUUUUCUUCUUAGCCGAGACGAUGGGAGGGUUUACCAAGCACGCAUAUUUCGGAGCCUAUUUUCAAAGUGACUUUCUAUUUCCAAAGUCAUAGGACGCCAGUCGGACGUUCGGGGCAUCUUGAAGAUGAGAAUCGAGCUUAGAAAGCACAACAGACUCAAAGUUCGUUUUUUCCAAACACGUUACGCUUCAUAUUUGCUUUCAAGAUAAGGUCUAUCUCUCGGAAAUAAAAUAUUAUGGGGCUGUAAUAUAGUGGCUUACCGUCGUUGUUUAAAAGUAUUUUAUAUAUUAUAGAAAGAUAUAAUU